CUAAUUCUUUUUUCAGAAGAAUCAUCUUGGGAAUUAAUAUAAAAGAAAAACUUCUGUUCUUCGUGAUUUGCUUGGUCGUAUUAGAAGGACAAAAUUCAGCGCACGCGAUACCAUCUUGAAGUUUUUCUUCCCAAAGUCGACAGAAGGGGAAAAAUGGGACGAAAAAGUCAUAAAAUCAUCAUACUUCCGCUCUCAUUGAUGGAUUUUUAAUGAAGUCCUCUGGCCAUUUGAAUUACUUUUGUGAAUUCAAUACGCCAUCCAUCCAGUUUGACUCAAGUGAUCGUGCGAGAUGCCAGGAAGGCACAUCUCCUGGCUAAGUUUCAUUGUCGGAUUGCUCCUUGUUGGGCAUUCUGGCGGACAAUUUGGUACUACAUCACUCGAUACAUCUGGAGGUAAUACAUUUGAUCCGAAUGCCCCAAUUGGGACGUCUGGGUUUGGAAGUACCAACAGUUUUGGUAGCUAUGGGACAUCGGGAGCUUCCACAGAUGUCGGAGGUUUUGGUAGUACGGCGGGUGCAUCACCGGGGUUUGGUAGCUACGGUGGCACAGCAAGUGGCUCCCCGGGGUUCGGUAGUACAGCUGGUGCAACGUCGGGCUUUGGUAGUACAGCCAGUGGCUCCCCGGGGUUUGGUAGCUACGGUGGGACAUCUGUGGGUGGGUCGGGAACACCGGGGUUCGGCAAUUAUGGCAGCCCAUCAGGCAUUGGGGGCAUCCCAUCACCCGUGGGAGCUGCUCCCACACCACCCCCAGGUUAUGUACCGCCUAACUUUAACAUAGGAAGCGGUAGCUAUGGUAGCUACGGCGGCGUCAGCUCGGGAGGAAGUUACGGCAGCUAUGGCGGCAGUACAGGAUCGUCAGGGAGCUACGGCAGCUACGGCGGUGGGAGCUCACCUGGAAGCUAUGGCGGAACUGGUGGCAGUUAUGGGAGUUACGGUGGCAGUACUGGUGGUGGAAGUGAUGUCUACAGUGACUACGGCAGUGCAGGUGCUGAUUACUACAAUGACGGAGGAAGCUAUCCACCAACAGGCUAUCCCGAUGGUGACGUAGUACCAAUAAGGGGAGGUACCGGAGGUGGUGGUGGUGGUAUCAUUAGAAGGCCAUGGCGCCGUCGACGACGACGACAACGUGGACGCCGCCGCUUUGGCAGACGCCGUAGGAUGCGUCGUAGAUUCGGUGGACGCCGACGACGUAGAUUUCGUGGAAGAUCUCGUCGAAGGAAUCGCUUCAGGAACCGCCGAGGACGUCUUGGGCGUCUCCUGAGGCGUCGUCGUGCCAGGAGAGUCCCCCGCGAGGCGAUAGUCUAACAACCUAUCACCCCCUUCUAUUCUCCUUAACACCCACUUUAAAUUUUCCAGAAAAUAUAUAUACAAUAAAGAAAACAAAGAGCUUCAAAAGCAAGAAUAAAAAAAAGAAAAUAAUCUA